AUGCAGUCCAGGACCUCCGGAGCAGGCCUUUCCAACGUCGGCCACGGCGCCAUCUACGAAGCCGGUGACCAGCGCAACGUCCCCCAGUCCGAGAUCAACGAGCGUGAGAGAUACGAGGAGGGUCAACACCGGAGUCACAAGAACAUCGAUUCGAAGGACGACCGCUCCAUUGCCAACAAGCUCGCCGCUCAGUCGCAGAAGACUGAUUCGUCCAAGGCAUCGGGUUCGGGCUAUGAUCCUGAAGCCGAAUUGAGCAAGAGGAACCCCGAGGCUCCGGCCGUGUUACACGGAAACCCACCCUCUCGGGGCGCCCAGGUCGACCACAACCUCCAGCAGGAAGAUGAGCAGAGGCUGCGCGAGAAGGGUAUCAAAUAA